UCCUGUUGCUCCACUUCGUGAGAUUUGUACUUAGUCCCUAGGCUUGCUGUCUACUACGGACAUGCUGUGGCAAACAGCUUCUGUUUGUAUGUCCCACUCAUUUCGUGUUUCUUGUUUCCUAUCCCCAUUAAUCAGGAGCUCCAUUUUUUGGGUUAGGGAGCCGGACUACGGUUCCCAUGAAGCGGUGUUGCACAGCAACAUUUCCUAUCCUCCCAGCUUUCUCGGAAAGGCAAAGAGUCUUUCUUUCAUUCUGGCCUGCCACUCCCGUGGACGGUGGCCUGCAAAGGACAAUGGUUCCCAUGUCAGCAGGAAAAAGCAUUCCCCCUCCCCCAAGGGAGGAGCGGAGAAAAAGGGGAGCCCUGGGGUGGAGUGAGGUGGAUAGUGGAAGCACCGAGGGUGCACCUAAGAGGAGGGUGCUGGAGGUAGAGGAUAGUUUUCCGACUCCAAGAAAGGGGUGGUCACAGGAGUGGGGAGCAAUGCUGGAUAUAGAAAAUGAUGAAAUGUUUGAAAAGCCGACCCGGGGGCUUGUGGCCGGUCCGAACACGCGGUAUUUUCAGCGACGCUAUUUCAAUAUGGCCGAAGUGGCCAAACACAACACGGCCGACGACCUGUGGGUAACCUACCUGGGCAGUGUGUACAACCUCACCUCCCUGGCCAAGGAGUACAAAGGGAGCGUGCUGAUGAAGCCCAUUCUGGAGGCAGCAGGACAGGACAUAAGCCACUGGUUUGACCCCAGUACCGGAGAGAUCCGAACGCACAUAGACCCGCUGACUGGCUGCCGGAAGUAUUACACCCCCAGGGGGCGCUUCGUGCACAUCCCUCCGCAGCUGCCCCGCUCGGACUGGGCCAAUGACUUUGGCCAGCCGUGGUGGAGGCGGACCGAGUAUGAAGUGGGGCUGCUCUCCUACAAGACCCGGCUCAUUCGCAUCAUCAACAUGCUCACUUCUCAGGAGCAGACGCUGGAGGUGGGGGCACUGGAGACCAUGUGGGAAAUCCUACACCGAUAUCUCCCCUACAAUGCUCAUGCUGCCAGCUAUACUUGGAAAUUUAAUGGUGUCAACCUCGAUAUGGACAAGACCCUGGAGCAAAAUGGGAUUGCAGAUGAGGAUGAAGAGUUCUACCGACUUAACAUGGACCCAGAGCUGUACACACCUGCCUUGUUACUGUACUUCAAUGAUGACCUCACUGAACUAUAAGGAGAUACACAUAUAAUAUGUAGACUAGAGAGAGAACAGGGUGUAUGGCUCAGUCUCUCUGACCUGGGGAAAAGGGGGAAGCCUAAAUCUAGUUCUUCAUCCCACUCUUGAACUCUUAAUUCUUAGCCCCUGCUUUCCACCAAGGCCCCAUAUCCUGUGGGAACUCAGGAGUACUUAGCCUUCAUUUUAUAUAACACACUGAGGAUAUUGGGAUUUUUUUUUUAGUCAGGACCAGAGUAAGAUUAAGUUCACCCAAGCACCUUCUUUAAUAAGGUGAGAGCACAGGAAGAUCAGGGGUCUUCUUUUUUCUCUCCUGUGAAGAGGUACAGAAGCAAGCAUUAGGGAAGUGGUAUAAGAAUCUUCCCUCAAAGUGAAGCACAGAGGCAGAGCGAGGACUUUAGGAGGACUAGGGUACAAUAAGAAUUUAAUCAUCUGUGCCCAUAACUGGCCUAUCUCUUCCCAGGAUAAUAGCGGGAAAACACAUAACCAUGGGUUUGGGGAAAGUUCUUGAAGCACAUUGAAACUGGGAAAUCAACAAAUAUUUCUUGAGCACCUGCUUUUUGAAAGUCUCUGUGUUUGACAUGGGUCACAGAGACAAAAAUGAAACAUCUUGUUCUCGAGCAGCUUACAUUCUACUGAGUGUAAGAAAAACCACGUGUCUGACAUCAUCCAUUGAGAUUGGGUUUGUGCUCAGUGCAGCUAAAUGUCAUGCAGAAGUACUUACCUAUUCCACUUAUUCUACCACUACAUCAAAUAUUGUAUUCCUUCUGUCUCAUACACUGAGAUCAGGCUUUUGAGCAAAAUCUUGGAUGCAUUCUGGGGCUAUGCCUGUCUUGCACUGGGAACUGUUAGGCCCUGAGUGUAGUCAACCACCUGUUUUACUUGGGAGUCACUGUCAGGAAAAAGAUUAGAGAUGCCAUUCAGAAGCCAGUGGGAGCUGGAGAAAGGAAAAGUUUCAGCUAAGCAGUGGAUGUAGAAAGGAAACAAGCCCAGAAAUCACUGGAGAAAACCUGCAAGCAACUUUCUACUCUCUUUUCAUUUAGACUUUUCCUCCAGGGACAUGGUGAAGUAGGUAUUUUUCCUAUUUUGGAGAAGGGUUGAAUGAAUGUUGAGAGUGAGGCCUUACAGACUGGGGAACAUGCUACUGGGAAGGAGAAAUACUAGAGAAUGUGUUUAAGAAUGGGAAUGUGCCAGUAGGGGAGGGGGCACAUGGGAAGCAAAAGUUGAUUUAGAAGGAGAUGGGAAAGCUAAGGGAGAGCCAAAGGUAGUUCUAAAAUGUACAGAAAUGUCUUCUUUGUAAGCUUUCGAAGAGUGAGUCAAAGUAAUUGGGAUAAGGCAACUCAACCCAUGGCCAACUAAAAGUCAAGAGUGGAGGGUAUCUAGUUGACCCAAAGGAGCUUCAAGGUAAAAUGAGAUAGAGUGGACUUCUUCCCAGAGUGGGAGAUUAGUAUCUUCUCUCCAUAUGAGAGACAGGCAAGGAAUGGGUUGGUAUAGAAGCAUGAAGAGAGCUAGUUCAGCUCAUGUCAGAGCUAGAUAGGAGUUUUAAACAUUUUUUUUUUUCCCUUUGGGCCAGGGGAUGGGGUUGUGUUCAGGGAGGUAGAGUAAAUAAAGAUGUCUGUAUUGUCCUCA